UUUUAAAUGCAAUAUGAAUUUAUUAUGUUUUAAAGAUGAGUAAAAUACAUUUAACCCUUUCUUUAAAGGUUACAGGUUGGAGGGUAGAAAUGAAAAGACCAGAGAUAAAAAGUGUCUGAUGCUGUGUUACAAAUAUAGGCUGGAGGGGUGAAAGAACAGUUAAGCAGAGAGAAGAGAGGUAGUGAGAUUUUUAGGCUAUAUCUGCACUAGGUGUUGUCCGUUAGAGUUGGGAGGUGUUAUGGGCGUGGCUGAUUACUGUGUAAUAACAAGAUGGUGUCCCUGGGUGGGCCACAGGAAUCCUAGUGGACCCGCAAGUCAGGGGGACUUACAACUACCAGGAAUGUGCAGAUGUUGUGAAGAGACUGAGAGUCUACAGGGAAGCUAGGAAGGAAGAAGAAGCCAGAGGACCGGCCACGGACAGCGUAGCCGAGGCCCCUUCACGGCUCCCUAGCAGGACCGGAUCUCCAGGGAUGCAAGGGGGUCCACCGACCAGGUACACGAUGGUUCUGUCUUCGGACUCCGAUAGGGAGGAAUUACCACCAGGGGCAUCAGUGCCUCAAGGGUCCUCAACCUACUCGCGCUCAGAGGAUCAAGAGAAAAGGGGGGAGGAGGACCAUCCCCUGCCAGAGACACCCCUGAAAGAAGCAGCAACAGAGUUCUCCCCACCAAGAUCGAGGGCACUGGCCUUUCAACCAGGAGCCUGCAGUACCGAGAGGAAGAUGUUGGCACCUGAGGAGAGUGCAGAGUGGAACAGUAACGAUAAGGGCAGCGAGAACAUGGAAGGAGCACAGGAGGAGGAUCAACGGCCCAGAAAAUUGACUCAAAAAUCCGGCCUCCGGCAGAUGGCCCUGGAGCUGGCCCCGCUGCCUCAGGAGACCUCCCACAUUGGAAUGCUGGCGGCACCCAGUGUCUACCAAGUGGUGGGGGAACCUUGGGACCUCGAGGGAGAUGGCCUCGUAGUUUUCACCAACCAUCAAUACAGGAUCCAUAACCGCUGGUUCAGAGAGCAGCUGAGGACCAGAGCAGGGCCAGGUUACCAUCUGGACGAACAUGUAAUACAAAAUGCCAACGGUGAAGGGAGCGAAGGAGAGAUUGUGAUGCUAAAUGGUCGCAAUCUGCCCUACUGCGUGGUGAUCCUCGUCCCGAUCGUCCCCUACGACAGGAGGAUUCACACGUUGGAAGCUUAUCGGCGAGAGAUGUGGAGUGGAUUAAAAAGAGGGCUCAUGGCGGCUAACAGCCAAGAGAUGAGGCGAGUGAUGGUGAGUGUGCAAGGACUGAGAUCUGCAGAUUUGCCGUGGGAAACAGCCCAAGCCAUGGCUGAGGGAGGAGUAGUGGACCUGGCUAAGAACUACGGUUUUGGGUUCCAGGAGCUAGUAGUAGUGAUUGACCCCAAAAAGCACCACAUUCAGAGAGACGGAGUAGUCCGGAUGGCGGCCGUACUGGAGGAGAAUCUACGCGAUGGCCGCCCAAAACCAGAGAUUGAGAAGCAUUCCCCGACGGCUGGAGAAGCUGAGCCGUCGAUUCUUCCCCUGACCAGGAUAAAACUGAAAGAACCCCAACUUGGAUCGGGGCCAGGGACAGAAGGAUAUAUCAAACGGGUUGUGUGCGAGCCAUAUGAUGACGAGCAAGAGGAACCAGGUCCUGAGGAAAUAAGGAUUAAAACAUCGCCCGGAGAAGGAACAGCAGCGAUGAAGCCAGUUAGGAUUCCACCGCUGAACCCCCUGGAGGGGGAGCCUCUCCGACAGCCGCAGUAUGAGGACAUCAGCGACCCGGAGGAUGAAGAGGACGGGGCCUUUUCCGGCCCUGUGCAACCUGUUGGGGAAUACAAGUCGCUGCGGAUGGGACAGCGUCGGGGGCAGAAGAAAGGAACCGAGAUCUUCAACAUCGAGAGGGCUUCAGAGAGGAUGGCGCGCAACAUAACCUGGGGACCUGUCCACGCCAAAGAUGGACGACGUACCUACGUUCCAGAAGUCGGCCAGAAGGAGUACCAGAUCCCAGCGGAGUGGGCCCAACGCCUGGAAGACCGCGUCACAUUGAAGGAUUUUGAAGUUGCUGCACUGGUUCCAAUAAUGAAGCUCCGUAUGACAGAAGGGACGGUGUUUCUUUGGCUCGUCCUGAGAGAUCUCUCUCACAGCUGGAGUCUCAUCUGAUUUCAUCUUUGACUGAGGAGACUGACCGCCAAGUAGAAUCGCUGCAGAUCUUUGUGACAUGUGCCAUAAAACCAUUCAUUUUAGCUUUUAAACUGGUUCUUUUGAUCCUGUGUCCAGACAGAGGG